AUGUACUUUGUUAAUCCAGACAACAUCCGAACCUUAUUACAUUUGGAUUGUGUUAUUACUGGGAUUAGAUCUCCACAGAUGUGGGUUCAGUCACUCUUGGCUUCAUUUCUCCCCAUAGACCUCACUGGCAUGGGUGACCUUAUCUUACCAGGGGCAGAUUCUCCAGCUGACAUAGCUUCAUCGUUCAUCAGAAAUACUGAGUUCUCACCACAGCAAGGUGUUCUAUUUAUAGAUAUUUUAUACUUAAAGAAGACAUUGCCAUCAGUUGAGGAAGAAUUUUUCAUUUUUCUUUCAAAUUUAACUGCAAAAGAUGUAACAUUAUAUGCUCUUCCAGAAGGUUCAGUAGUAUUUCCACGUGUGCCACUAAUAAGAAUUGAAGGUCCACUUCCUGUUGUGCAACUGUUAGAAACAACACUUCUUACACUGGUUAAUUAUGCCAGUCUUGUAGCAACUAAUGCUGCAAGGUAUCGCAUAGCAGCUGGACCAAAUAUUAAAUUAUUAGAAUUUGGAUUGAGAAGAGCUCAGGGACCAGAUGGUGGUCUUUCAGCUUCCAAGUAUGCAUACAUUGGAGGAUUUGAUGGUACAAGUAAUGUUUUAGCUGGCAAAUUAUAUAAUAUCCCUGUCAGUGGCACUCAUGCUCAUGCAUUUGUGAUGUCCUACAAUUCAACUGAUGAAUGUAAAAUUAAGAUGUUACGUAAUCGAUCAACAGGUGAAGAGGAAAACUUUGUUGAUUUAUGUAUUCAGCAUCAGCAAGAAUUGUCAAGAUUUCUGAAAGUAUUAUGUGAUGAAGCUAGUGCAGGAGAAUUAGCAGCAUUUGUAUCAUAUGCUAUUGCUUUUCCUGAUAGCUUCUUAGCACUUAUAGAUACUUAUGAUGUUAUGAGAAGUGGAUUACUGAACUUCUGUGCUGUCGCAAUGUCCUUAAACAAAUUAGGUUAUCAAGCUAUAGGAGUACGCAUUGAUAGUGGUGAUCUUGCCUAUUUAUCAAAAGUUGCACGAGAGACUUUUACAAAAGUUGCAAAUCAAUAUAAAUUACCUUGGUUUCAUAAUUUGAUCAUCGUUGCAAGUAAUGAUAUCAAUGAAGACACUAUUCUUUCAUUAAACGAACAGGAUCACAAAAUCAAUUGUUUUGGAAUUGGCACUCAUUUGGUAACCUGCCAAAAACAGCCUGCCUUAGGAUGCGUGUUUAAAUUGGUAGAAGUCAACAAACAGCCUUGUAUUAAACUGAGUCUGGAUGUUUCAAAAGUGACAAUUCCCGGUUGCAAAAAUGCUUACAGAUUAUAUGGACAAGAUGGUUAUGCCCUGAUCGAUUUACUACAACAGACCGAAGAAGCUGCCCCACAGAUGGGGGAGAGAGUUCUCUGUCGUCACCCAUUUCAAGAAUCAAAACGAGCAUACGUAAUACCUACAAAAGUAGAAUCGUUGUAUCAGAAAUACUGGGAAAAUGGAAAGGUUUGUUGUGAGUUACCCACAUUGAUAGAUAUACGACAGAGAGUUAAAUCAUCUCUGCAAACACUACGUUCAGAUAUAAAACGAAAUCUCAAUCCCACACCCUACAAGGUUUCGGUAUCCGAUCAACUUUAUCAGUUCAUGCACAAUCUGUGGUUGGAAAAUGCACCAAUUGGUGAAUUAUCAAAUAGAUAUAAAUUACCUUGGUUUCAUAAUUUGAUCAUCGUUGCAAGUAAUGAUAUCAAUGAAGACACUAUUCUUUCAUUAAACGAACAGGAUCACAAAAUCAAUUGUUUUGGAAUUGGCACUCAUUUGGUAACCUGCCAAAAACAGCCUGCCUUAGGAUGCGUGUUUAAAUUGGUAGAAGUCAACAAACAGCCUUGUAUUAAACUGAGUCUGGAUGUUUCAAAAGUGACAAUUCCCGGUUGCAAAAAUGCUUACAGAUUAUAUGGACAAGAUGGUUAUGCCCUGAUCGAUUUACUACAACAGACCGAAGAAGCUGCCCCACAGAUGGGGGAGAGAGUUCUCUGUCGUCACCCAUUUCAAGAAUCAAAACGAGCAUACGUAAUACCUACAAAAGUAGAAUCAUUGUAUCAGAAAUACUGGGAAAAUGGAAAGGUUUGUUGUGAGUUACCCACAUUGAUAGAUAUACGACAGAGAGUUAAAUCAUCUCUGCAAACACUACGUUCAGAUAUAAAACGAAAUCUCAAUCCCACACCCUACAAGGUUUCGGUAUCCGAUCAACUUUAUCAGUUCAUGCACAAUCUGUGGUUGGAAAAUGCACCAAUUGGUGAAUUAUCAUAAAAAAGAUGCUAUUUUUCCCAUUAUAGAUACACUUUUAAAGCCAUGUAUUUAUUGUAAUUAAACGUGUAGCGAGAAAUUAAUUUGUAAAUAACAGAAUGUCCACUUAAAUGAAGUCAAAGCAUUUCUCUAGCGCAAAGUAUUGUUUAAAUAAAUUUCUCCUUUAUAUAAAAUUCUGGUUACUGUAAAAUACAGAAUGCUUCAAACCAUUCUAUUUUGGAUAACGAGACCGGUCAGUAUUAUGUGUGAGGGAUCGAUACUUCGCAUCACGAAAUUAAUUGAUUUUGCUCUAUCGGGUGGGUUAGACACAACUCAAAACAAGAUGCGUUUACUUUGUUGGAAGAUUUAGAAAAACUAUUUUGGUUAAACAAGAUUUUAAAUUGGGAUAAUAUUUUAAAU